AUGGUCGGAUGUGUGUACGGGCAGGCACGGCCUCUCCGCUCUGCCAUCCUGCUCGACCUGCGCCGCACCAAAAUGACGGAGGAGGCGCUCAACGCGGCUGUUGCCACGUACAUUACGAGUGCUGGAAGUCCCGCCACAACGGUCUUCGCACAGCCACCGACCAUCCUGAACUCGAACGGCAGUCUUCUUGUCGCCCUCGCAGAGGUGCAGGGACUGCUCCAGGAAGACCCCAAUGGACUUGAUGUUCUUUUCCUUGCAGAGUCUGCGGAUGUCUCAACGGGCGUUAGUGAUGUGUUGAGGCGAAACAGCAGCACCGCCCGCAUCACUAUCGUUUCGGCACACACGUCGAACCCCAAACUGUGCGACCUCGCCACCAAUCCUACCACCGUGUGCGUCGUGCCACGCGACCUCAUCAACGUGCGCGGUGUAUUAGAGAUCGCCUCAUCAGAACUGGCGUGGGACUCCGUCGCGGUGGUGUUCAGCAGUGACGCUUAUGGGACGGGUGUGGAGUCCGUGCUAGACUCGCAAAUCCCACUCGCGCGAUGGUCGCCAAAUGUUGUGACAAAGGUUUACAUCAAGACGGCUGGCACUGAAGAGGAUGACAACAACGUUAUUCUUGAGGUGCUGCGCUACCGCCCGGUUGGCAUUCUCUGCUUCGUGACGGAUGAAGAGUUCAGGCGGCUGCGCGCUGCUGUUCUGCGGCUAGGCAAAAGGGACGAUCUCUUCUUGCUUGGCUCACGUGAGGCGAUGAACGUGCUUGGGGAACUCAUAGGCUCUGCCCAGCCACUGGUGAAGCUAUGGGGCGCACUCUUUGUGUCAAAAUACACAUCCGUCGUCAACUUCCUUAUGCAGGGAUACUUCGACACUCGAACCAUUGAUGACUACGGCGCGUACGUUGUGAGUCACCUCUUCGACGCGAUGCAAGCAGUGGCCACAGCAGGCAAUGUCAGCCCAAGUGCGAUCCGAUCGGUCCGCUUUGAUGGCUUCACAGGCACUGUCGCCUUUGAUGCCUUUACAGGGCAGCGGACGGAAGUUAUGUACUCGCUUUUAUCCAAGACGUACACCGCCGAUCAGGCGCUCAUCACGUGGGGCCUAAAGUCCCUCGCUGAUGUGCCGGAGGUGACGAACUUCAACCCGACCGCAACGCGUGCUCUCAUCCCAAUCUCGCCGUUGAGAGCAGUGACUGUUUGCAUGGCUGCCGCCGCCAGUUGCGCCGAAGCAGAAAGCCUCAACGCCAUGGCUUUUGUAUUUCUGCGGCACAACCAGCAAACAAGCGGAACGCGAGGGGCGACAACUUUCAUCCCGCACGCAAUCAACACCGGUGUUGGUGGAGUAGAAGGGCUGGUCUCCUUGAUUCCAGUGGCGCGGUCGUGCAGCGUGCUUGUUGGGCCCGGUCGUGGGCGUGUCACGUUGGCUCUCACUCCAGUGAUCAAUCAGUUUGCCAUCACGCAGCUCGAUUUCAACACGGCGGAGGCGCUCUUUUCAGAUCGCCUUGCGUACCCGUACUUCUCUCGCUCGAUACCUCAGAACAUGUUUAAUUAUCUGGUUUAUGGUGAAAUCUGCGCCUAUUUUGGGUGGGAACGUGUACUCAUCAUUGGGGUGAAGGACCCGUUUGGAGACGCACGACUACAUUCUAUGCAGAAGUCGAUGGAGCAGCGGAAUGUUCAUGUUGAACAGGUGUACAUGCUUCCAAAUAUCGAUAAGAGCAGUAUUGUGGAAACAAUGGACACAAUAUACAAGCGAGAUAUAGCUCGUAUUGUGAUUGUUCUACUCCCUCUCUAUGGAGAUGAUGCCAAGAUGUGGUUUGGACUCAACGACGACUUGGAUUACAUGAAUAAGUACAUCUUCUUAAUGGGCAAAGAGCUUUGCCAGUACGCCACCUCCCAUCCAGAUCUGCGUAACAAGUCACAGAGUUCCUUCUGUGUGUACCCGCACGUUCCUAAGAAUCGUCUGGAACUCAUCAACAAUGAUUCUAUGCAAAGCGGGCUUAUGGGCGAGCAGAUGCGCAUUCUAUCCCAGGGUGGCUUUUCCUCUGAAGUGGCGAGAUGCAAUCUAUCUGUCAUUCGAAAUUGGGCGUCUUUUGCAGUCGAUGCAGCAUACACCGUUAUUGACAGCGUUGAACGUGCUGUGAAUGCAAGCGUGAGUCUUAACCGCAGCACGAAUAUCAUGUCGUAUAUUCGUUCGGCAUCACUCGAUGUUUUUACGGGACCGUUCAAAAUCGACAAGGAAGGCAAUCGUGACUACGCCGCGUUUAAUGUUGAUAUUCAGAUGCAAAACCGCGCCCUCGUAUUGGGUUUAUGGGAUCCUAAAGGGACACCGGCGUUUCGUUACACCGCUACAGAACCGAUUGAAUGGAUGACAGGUGGCCGAGAUGUACCGGACGACACGUUCCGUGAGAUUCAGUUCAUUUUAGGCACGACGGUGUCGGCAAGUCCUGGCACUAUUGUCCUCUCUGUGCUGGGCUUCGUCGGCACCAUUGCGGUGUUCGCCUUCUGCUACCGUCAUUACAAAAUGCAGAAGCUGGUGGAGCUUAGUUUGGAGAGCAACCGUGUUCCCGUCACGGAGGAGGAGUUGCGGAAGCUUCGAGGCUUACCUGUGGCCAGAGAUGAGGUAUGA